AUGUCAAAAAAUAAACAACCAAGUCAAAAAAGACAAAAGACUUUAUUGAAUUACUUUAAAGUACAAGAAAAAAAUGAACAGAAAAAUGAAGAUAUCUCGAGUAGUUUAGAAGUAUUAUCUAUCCAGAAUGAGGAAAAUGCGCAAACGUCAAAUAAAGACAAUUGUAAUAAAUCAAUAAUGUCAGAAAAAGCAAUCGAGAUUAAUAACAAGUAUAUUGAUGAUGUAGCAAUGUUAGAAAAAGUAUUCGAGAUCGAUGAUGAUAAUCUUGAAUUAGAUACGAUCUCUGAAGGCAAUAAAGAUGAACCAUCAUUAAUUAUAUCAGAAGAAGAAGAAGAUGUUUUGAGUCACAAGAAAAAACGACCAACAAGAAAAAGACUUAUUAUUGAUAGCGACGAAGAGGAAGAAAAUGAAAAGUAUUCCAAACAAGAUAAUGUAUCAGGAUCAGAGGAUGAUAUUCAAGAUGAUUUAAAUUUUCUUGAUAAAUCAGACAUAUUACAAAGCAGAACACGAGGUAGACGAACAUCACGCUAUAGUGAAGCCUUAAAGAAGUUAAAAGAUCGAAAAUCUAAAUUAUCAGAAUAUGAUGUAGUAGAGAAGGGCCCUAUUGAAAAAUAUUCAAUUCAUAUGAAUACUGAUAGUGACACAUGUACUGAUGAGGAUGAGGACAAUGAUGAAUUUAUUGUAGAUGACGAUAUCAUUGAUGGUGAGAAAGCCACUGUUCAAGAUUCCGAAUUAGCUAUAAUGGAAAUGCCACCUGAGUUCAGUAAGAGAAGACUCUUAUCUUUUAGAAGACAGCUUGAAAUUUAUAUACAAUACUUGAUAGAAUUAAUAUUGAACCCUACAUUCGAUAUUUCAACACAUGCUCAAUAUAGUAUAGCUAAAAAUACGGUCAUGAAAAGAAUACAAGGUUAUAAAGAUUCAAUGGUAACUAGUGACGUCUGGCUUCCUGAAUUUAAGAAAGCAAUCGAUACAUAUUCAAUAUGGAAACAAAAAGAUUCUUCUACACUAUUUGAUUGUUAUGAUAUUAUAAAAUGUGAAGCAUGCCGAAAUAAUAAGCCAGCAAAGAUUCAAAUAAAACUUUCUUCGGACGAUUUACCGAGCUCAGUUACAUUUUAUCUUGGUAGUGAAUGUAGUAGAAAAGGCGAGAUGUAUCACUAUUAUAAACAUUUUUCGUCACACAUGUAUAAUAAUGUAAAAAACCUUGUUGAAAAAGUACGCUCUAGUUUGAUGUUUGACUAUGGAGAACAAUCACAAAGUAAGAUUGUUUUUAAUAGAUUAGUUGAAGAGGGGCAUAUAAAAAAGUUAACAAAUGAAGUAAAACGUUCUUUUAAUGAUGUUGCAGUCUUAUAUAACUUAAAAGGUCAUAGAACAAGGGUUGAAGAUACUAGUAGUAGUAGUAGUAAUGAAGAUUCGUAG